AUGCUGGACUUGGAAGAGCCCGCUACAACGCUGCAGGACACCUUUAAAGAUGCUCAGGUCAAAGAAAUAGCGCAUAAUACUCUCUAUAUCAAUAAUUUGAAUGAAAAGGUGUCCCUUAACAAACUCAAACCAGUGCUCAACCUACUAUUCAGUAGAUAUGGCAAUGUCGUCCAGAUUACAGCACAUAAGAAUAUGAAAAUGAAAGGACAAGCUUUUGUUACUUACAAGGAUGCAUCAAGUACAGGAAGGGCCCUUCGAAAAUUGCAGGGACGCCCUGUUUUCAAGAAACCUAUCAAGAUAAGCUACGCCCAAACUGAAUCAGAUGAAUUUCACAAACUUUCAGGGAAGAUGGAAGCGAUUGAAAAACGAAAAGUGGCCAAAAAGCUACGUGAAGAAGAAAAGACAAAGAUGGUCGCCGAAAAGGCAUCGACUCCAGCAACACCAGGUGUUUUGACAAAAAACCAGAUCAAGCAAUGGAAAUCACUUCCUCCGCACAAUGUUUUACUUUUACAGAAUUUACAGGAGGAGCAACUUGUCAUGGAGUAUUUGGAGGGCAUUUUUGGUGGACAGGACGGGUUCGAGAGGGUCCGGUUGAUCAAAUUCCGUAAAUUGGCAUUCAUUGACUUCGAUCUGGAAGCAAAAGCUACCAAAUCCUUGGAGACGAUAGAUCCAACAAGCAUUGGGGCAGAAGUACUUCUAACAUAUGCCAAGAAAUAG